UGAGAGCGAGAUGCCGCCGUGAAGGGUCCCGACGGCUCUUUUAGCUGCCGUGCUUCGCGCCCGGAGCGAGGGGAGGUCUGUGGGUGGGGUCACGGCGCAGGGCUCGGCUCGGGCUGGAGACGGCCACGGCCACACGGGAAGGGGCAGCCGGGCGGCGGGUCGCUAGACCGCCAAGGGAGGCCGCGCCACAUUCCUUUUUCCGUGGGUGCUCCCUGGUCGCCUCGGCCUUCCAGGCCAGCUCCGGGCUGCAGACUUCGCUCUCCCGUCGCGAAGCAAGCGGACGUUGCUCUUUGGCCAAGACGUGUUGCUCUCACCAUCCGCCGGCGGCGGCCCCUGCGCCGUCCGCUUUGUGCUCUGGCUGCUAAUCCGGGGCAUAAGCAGCUUAGAGCAGCCCUAAAGGCUCCAUGUGGAAGGAUGACAUGUGAUGCUCCUGUCCUGCGGAGGGUGCGCUGUGCUAAGGACUCGCUUCCUCUGUUCGGAUCGAGCCCUGUCCGAUCAUUCCCAGACGAGACGAUUUAGCUCCGAGAUGGAACUCCCACGGGCUUUGCAGAGCUGGAACGGCAAGUUGGGUGGAGCUGUGUGAGCCAGUAUCCUGCAAAGUGCAUCUUUUCCUCUUAAGUGGGCAUUCAUAAGGGUGCUGGAGAGGCCUGCUGCACAAUCUGAUUUGCAAAAGUCAGUCUAUUGUCCACUGACCAGAUGUCGUCCCGUAAAGGGUCAGUAACCAGCCAAGGAAAUGGACCUUCAAAUAAUGGCAGAGAGGGGGAAGAUGUGGAGCUGGCCGAGCUUGGACCCCUCUUAGAGGAGAAAGGAGACCAAGUGGCAACCAAUUCAGCCAAUGCUCAAGACCAGCCAUGCCCAGCAACCCAGGAGGAAGAGGAAGAGGAAGUGCGAGUGCUGACACUCCCUUUGCAAGCACAUCAUGCUAUGGAAAAAAUGGAAGAAUUUGUAUACAAGGUAUGGGAAGGUCGCUGGAGGGUCAUCCCCUAUGAUGUGCUGCCUGACUGGCUGAAAGAUAAUGAUUACCUGCUUCAUGGACAUCGGCCUCCUAUGCCAUCUUUCAGGGCCUGCUUCAAGAGUAUCUUCCGCAUACACACAGAGACCGGAAACAUCUGGACGCACUUAUUAGGUUUUGUUUUGUUUCUUGGCCUGGGAAUUUUGACCAUGCUCAGGCCAAAUAUGUACUUCAUGGCCCCUCUCCAGGAAAAGGUGGUGUUCGGAAUGUUCUUCCUUGGAGCAGUGCUGUGCCUCAGCUUUUCCUGGCUUUUCCACACAGUCUAUUGUCAUUCAGAAAAGGUGUCUCGGACGUUUUCCAAAUUGGAUUAUUCUGGAAUAGCUCUGCUGAUCAUGGGGAGCUUCGUCCCGUGGCUGUACUACUCCUUCUACUGCUCUCCUCAGCCUCGACUUAUCUACCUCUCCAUUGUGUGUGUUCUGGGUAUCUCAGCAAUCAUUGUUGCACAGUGGGACCGAUUUGCAACACCUAAGCACAGGCAAACUAGAGCAGGAGUGUUCCUUGGACUGGGGUUGAGUGGUGUUGUGCCUACAAUGCAUUUCACCAUAGCAGAAGGAUUUGUAAAAGCCACUACUGUGGGCCAGAUGGGCUGGUUUUUCCUCAUGGCUGUGAUGUACAUAACGGGAGCUGGGCUGUAUGCUGCCCGCAUUCCAGAGCGUUUCUUUCCUGGAAAGUUUGAUAUUUGGUUCCAGUCGCACCAGAUCUUUCACGUGCUGGUGGUAGCUGCAGCCUUUGUCCAUUUCUAUGGAGUCUCCAAUUUGCAGGAAUUCCGUUAUGGACUUGAAGGAGGAUGUACUGAUGACUCUCUUCUCUGAGAACUGCAUACUUUAGUACAAGCUUCCCAAGUGCUUUUAAAAUGACUUAUUUGCUAAAAUCAAAAGAAAACUCUGAACGCUUUUUUUUUCCCUUAAAGAAAAAGAGAAAGAGAAAAGAGAAAUUUAGCAAAGUUGGUAAUGGGCUGUUCCUGGCUUUUCUUCUCUCAGGAGGACUGGCUGGGAUGGGGAUGGGAGGGGGGUUGCAAACACUGUCCACUGGGCGGAAGUGCCUCCAGCAGCAAGCCCCUUCUUGACAAAUGAGUUGACUUCACAGGAAUUACAUUGGAGGUUUUUUGGACAUCAGAGAAAUUCUGGCAUCUGGCAAAAAAGGAAAGGGGCCUGUUAACUGCUCUUUGAUGCUGCAAAUUUACCCCAUGCUUGAAGAGACCUGUGAGUGAGUGAGUGAGUGUGUGUGUGUGUGUGAGAGAGAGAGAGAGAGCGAGAGCGCGCACGCCAUCAAAUACCCAAUUUCUCCUCUCUAUCUUUAGGAGAUUUGUGUUUGUGUGGUCGAGCACUGGCAGCUCAUAGCAGGAAUACUCAGAGGAGAACAUAUAGGGCCAUUUCACUUGAGUUUUGUCUUUCUUGACAAAGUAAUGUAUGCCUACAAUGAGAGUAUUUAAUAUUUAAUAUUAAGCUUUAAAAAAAAAUGUUGGUAUCUCUCCAGCAAAUUAUUACUGGAGAUCAUGGUAUUGCAAGUGGGGAUGGGGGUGUUUAGAGCUGCUGUAGCUUUUAUGCUGAAGUGGCUGAAACAAAAGGUCUGAAGCUGUUUAUGCUGAGCAAUUCAGGAGUUCAUUUUAAAUGCUUGCAGAUAGUUCUCCCCUGGAGGGAUGCAUUUGACUGCCCUUGUCUGAGGCAGCCCAAAACAUCCCACAGUGUCUGCAGGUAUGGCACUUAAAUAUUUUUAAAGCACCUGUGUCAUUAGCUCUGCAGUCUUCUGAGCUGAAGUGCAUGGCUGCUGCUGCCGCCAUCCAACCCUGGGGAAUUUCUGUUUUUAAAUAAAUACAGGUGCCAUGCUUGGCAUUACAGACUGUGUUGGAAGCUCCUGGGUUUUAAAAGCAGUUUUGUGCUGCUGGUUAUAGCUGCUGGAAGGUAGAACAAAGGGGAGAAAGAUGAAGGUCCAGCAUUGUGUCCCAUGUUAGGAAGUGUAAGAGUGGGUGUCUUUCCUCUCCUUGCUGGCUCAGCAGCUGUAUAUCCUUGGUCUCUCUAUGCUUCUGGACAACCUGGAAUGUCCUUACCAAUGCUGGCCAUUACAUACCUAGCCCUUGAUAUUUUUUGCUUAAGGACCUGCGCUGCUUAAGGUUUUUCAGAGUGGUGCAUCCUUUUUAUUAUCAGAGUCAACAUGUUUAAGCUGCUUCAACCCUUCAAUGGUAGCCAACCUUUGGCACUCCAGCCAGGGGCAUGACAAACCUCAAAGGGGCCUGUGUGCAAGAAUUGAAUAUGGAGGCCCCAUCAGAUAAUUUCUCCAUAGGGGACAAUGGGAAACUCAAAAAUAUUAAUACCUCCCAAAUGGCUGGGCAGAAAGCCCUUAAAUUUCACAUGGAGUGCCUAUGUGAUGAUGGCAUUAAAUGUUGGAUGUGCAAGAAGAGAAGCCCAUCCAUUGAUUUUUAGUCUCUUUGCACGUCCACACAUUUAAUUCUAUCAUCAGGUAGGAACUCCAUGUGAAAUUUAAGGGUUUUCUGCCCAGCCAUUCAGGAGGUACUAAUAUUUUGAGUUUCCCAUUGAUUCCUAUGGGGAAGCUAUGAUUUAAGUGGGAAAUUUGGGCUCAGUUCUCCCUAAUGGUGGCAUGUGUUAAUUGCAAAUGUUUGCUUAAUUGUCGAUCUGCCCCCUGAUUGUAGCUGUUGUUGGACUACAACUCCCAGUGGUGGAGUACCAAAGCUUGCCUACCCCUGCCUUAAUGAAAUUGUCUGCUAUGGAGUAAUCCUCCUGUUGCUGUGGUUUAGGAACAUGAGAUCUUCAUCACUUCCCUCUGAUUGGAUUUCCUUAUUCACAUGUGGACAAUUCAAUUGUGGAGGAGUUUCUUUCCUCAGCAGAGGUUAUAAACUGGAUUCUCCCUUCCAGUAUCCCCAGUUCCACUGAAUCAUUUAGUAAGUGUUUGAUGUAAUUUGCCCAAAUUGUGAUUAUCAGACCAUGAAGUGUGUCUCCUUUGGCAGGAAAGGCAUGAACGUGUUUGAUCUCUGCUGGUAUUUGGGGAUUGACUAAGUAGUAAGGUCUACUAUACUGGUACAGAUUCUGCUUGAUUCUCAGUGCUGAUGGGGAAACAUACCCUGUUAUCUACAGGCUUUUUGAUUCCCCUGGUUGAGAGUCUUCCCCACCAAUAAAGUACACACCCUCCCUUCUCCUUUGAUAUACUUGCUCUUAGAUUACACCCCAAACUAAAUGCUGCUAGUUGGAUUAUGUUGCCUCUGUUUGGUGCUAUAAUUGUGCUUAUAGAGGCUCAAACAGUGUUAAUCUCUACUUGGGAGAGGAUCCCAAGGGCAGAAUGGAAGCUGUCCCUGCAGGUUGCUUUUUCCUUCUUCCUACUACAUUCCAGUAUCUUCUUACAUAAACUGCUCAAAAAUUCUUGCUACACUUAGUCCAUUUGAGCAUGGCAUUGCAGCCUUAUAUUGACUAGUGUGCUCCUUGCUGAAACCAGGUAUAAAUGACUGAGAUUAGCCUAAAAACACUGUGGGUAGCAACUGAGCUUUCCUAUCCCAUCCUCCUUGUUGCAACCCCUCAUGCCCCCCCAAGCUUCUUGAGGGGUAGGGAAUCCUCCAGAAGGGCAUGGGAUGAAGGACUGCAGGGGUGGAAGUCACAAAAACCGGGAUGGAGGCAUCUGCACAAAAAAUGGGAAAGCGGGUACAGAGUUUGGGAAACUGCUGAAAGUUGAGUUAGAAGUACCUGAGGGUGAAAGCCUACUCAUGCAAAAUGCCUCUGCUUAUCAGUAACCCCCUACCCCCACUUUCCCCAUCCCAUUUCAUUCUCAGUGGUUUGGGAGAGAGGCAGGAAGCUGCAUUUGGGAAAAUUCUAGUUGCUUGAGCAGAAGUCCACUCACACAACUUGGGAAUCAGUCAUUAUCUGGUUCUGAAACUGUGGUAUGUUCUUUAGUUGAACUUCCCCAGUUUUGUUUGAGCCUUAAUUUGGCAAUGUAUGUGAGUGGAAGGAUGGCUUUCGGGCAGCACUAUGCGUGUCUAGUCAAAAUUGGUUCAAAGCCAGUUGAAUGAUUUCAAGUGCUUUUGGAGCUGAUGCAGCUCAGACUCUUAUCUUCCUAGGGUGAGAGGCAGUAUUUCAUUUUUGAGCCCCUUCCCUGUCAGAAUGAAUGUCUCAAACAUCAGGCCUUCUUUGGUGCUGGGAUAACAGCAAGCUAAUGCCAUGUGGAUUGCUGCCCUGAAGUAAUUGCCUGAGCUUUCCUGUGUGGUGCAAAAGCAGCUGGAUAAAUAAAUCUUAGCUACCAAAUGUGUUAAGCAAGAACAAUGCAGCCUGGGUAUUUCAAAGGGCUUUUUCUGCAUAGAAAUGGGAUCACUUUGCCUGUCUGCCAAGUCUUGCAACUCUCACCAGAGAGGGAAGCAGAUGAGAAAUGUUUUAUGGUGACAGCAGUUAGUGCAUAGGUUCUUUGCCCUAAUUCACUGAGGAAUUUCUUAUGCACUUAGGAAAAUUGAUGUGUCUUAAGAGAUGGGACUUUCCUUGUCCAACAGUGGUUUUAUAAGAACAAGCAAGUAUGACCCCCCCCCAUAAUUCAGGAAGGGGUUUGAUCACCAUUCUGUCUGUCCUCCCUCAGCCAUCCUAGAAACCCAAACAAAAUAAGCUGAAGUGAUCUACCUCAAGUGUACCAAAAACAUAUCAGCAUGUUGAUCCUUUAGUGACUGCUUUGAAAAUGACUCAAUAUAACAAAACUGCAAGACAUUUUCUUUAGGUAUCAGCUGUAUCCUAGCCAAAAGUGUGAUAUCCUUUCCCUGAAGAAUUCUGUAAACCAGAGACACAUGUUUGGGGCAGUGCACAAACUUGAUAAACUAAUUCUGACAGAGAACAGGCUUAUGGAUUACAUUUUAAACUUAAGAUCAGCUGGCUGCUUUUGUAUUCAUUUACAGUUCUACAAGAGGUAAUGCCCUUUUCUGAUAAGACAAGUCCAUACAACUUCCUGCACCCUUACAAUUCAGUUCUUGACUGAAAGUGGAAGAAACAAGCCCCCUUUCUCUGCUGUCUUAACACCAUGGAUCUUAUCCUGUGUUUGUCCCACAGUUGCCCUAUGUGAAGGGUGGGCAAGAACCUAGUAUAGGCUAAAUGCCAUCUUUACACAGUGGUGAUCAAAGGAGCUACAAAAUAAUCCCUUAGAGUAUUUGGAGAAAGGAAUUAGUUGCUCCUUUGCCAAUCUACUUUAAAUUUACCUUCCUUAAGGAUGAUAGGUCCCCCCACCCCCACUUUAUAUCAAGUAGCUAACGACAGAGGGGUGGAUUUUUCCUCACUAAAUUAUUGAAACUAAAUUAGGAAUGUUACCUUUAAAAAUAAUCUUAAAGCAGGGCUGUACAACUUCAGCCCUUUGGUUCUUGUUGGACUACAUCUCCCAUUAUCCCUGAUUACUGAGCACUGUUGCUGAGGAUAAUGGGAGUUGUAGUCCAAUAGCUGCUGGAGGGCUGAAGUUGUGCAGUCCUGCUUUAAGGCUUUGUUCCAGAGUUCUUAAAGAACUGAUGAAGCAAAUCUGUAAGAGACUAAUUGGAAUUAGAUAAUACCAAGGGGGAAAUUAGAUAUUGUACAAAUGCCCAGUCUUAAACUCAAAAGUGGCAUGAGCACAAUAACUAUACUCCCAUACUGAGAUAAAGAAUCUUUGAUGCUAAAGAAAGAAGAGCUGAGCAGCUUUGGCUUUGUGCAGAAUUUUUCUGUCUGAGUGUGAUACCUGCAGGUCUUUAAUAAUGAGGAAAGUCUUGUUAUAGUCUUCUAGACUCGAGUGUGGAUGAGAAAGGGCAGUACUCCUGAGAGCAAGGAGUCAUUUUGCAUGCUUUAGUACCAAGCAACUAUCUUGAAAACAUGGUGUGCUUUUAACUUCAAGAACAAGAUCAUACUGACAGACAUCUGUUAAAAUAAACAAAUCUGAAAGCCAUGUGGACUAGAGCUGCUUACCAGAGAGCUCAUCUAUAAGGUAGGGCAAGAAGGUCAAGAGAUGAAAGCAUCUUUUGCAAGCAGCGGUAAAACACCUGUCAUGCUAACUAGUGUGUGUGAAACCCUUCUACCUGUUGGCUACGAUGGGCACAAAUCACAUAGGAAUGAAAUGGAACUUGAAAGGUGAUAUAAGGAUAAAUUGAAAAACUUGCAAAUGUUAACUAGGUGGCUUAAAAUCUCAACGUUUUAAAAAGGGCAAUGGGGUUUUUCAAAAGAGGAAAUUAAGAUUAGAAUUAGAGGGCAAACUAAGUAGUGGAAGGAAGCAUAACAGUUGCUGUGAUAGAAAGCCAAUGAGAGAGUGAUCUAAAAUCUGAAACUUCAGAAGUUGAGGGUGAGUUAUUAAUGAUAUAAAUUGCAGAGAGACUCCAUUAUAGUUGGAAUAAUGGUAUAGAUCUAUUGCUUAGAGAUGUAAAUGUUCAAAUAAGAGACAAAGCGGAUGUAUUCAAUAUUUGUUUUUUGGGAAAAGAUUGUGUAUAUAUAACAAUGAACUCUUUUUAUUCAGUUUGUAAACUAGGGGAGAUUUUAAGAUGUUUAUCAGCAAUAAACAUUUUUAAUGAGUA